UGAUUUUUGAAUUGUCACUCCCAUUCUGCUACAGAAGUCGAAAGCAAGAUAGUAAUCGACCUAAAUUUUUGUCUUUCUCGUAUUGAAUGCACUCGAAUUCUAGCGUGAAAUUGCUAGGAAAUAAUAGAAUUGCAAAUCAUUGUAAUUUCACCUAGUGCAAAACCUCGACGGAAUUAUCUAUCUCAGAAAUUACUUCAGUGAAAGAAGCGUGAAAGCUAUGAGCGGACCAAUAUUUGGUAGCAGCAGUGCCCUUGGAGGUAGUUCCGGUGGGAAUCGUCAUUUGGUGGAGUUCCGCGCUGGACGGAUGAAUUUGGUCAACAAAAUGGUUCAUCCAGACAAUCGAAAGGGUCUAGUCUACGUGUACCAGGCGGACGAUGGUCUGAUUCAUUUCUGCUGGAAGGAUCGUACUACUGGGAACGUAGAAGACGAUCUAAUAGUUUUCCCCGAUGAUUGCGAGUUCAAGAAAAUUGAAAAUGUCAAAAGCGGACGUGUAUUUUUGCUAAAAUUUAAGAGUUCCAGUCGCCGUCUGUUUUUUUGGAUGCAAGAACCCAAAACGGAUAAGGACGAAGAAUGGUGUCGCCGUAUCAAUGAAGUAAUCAAUAAUCCACCGUCAUCGAACAGUUUAGGUGGUGGUUCUGGUCGCGGAGGUAGUGGCAGCGAUAACGGAGAUUUGCAAUAUCUUAUGCAGAACAUGUCGCAGCAGCAAUUGAUGCAACUUUUCGGUGGUGUUGGCCAAAUGGGUGGAUUAAGUAGUCUUUUAGGUUCUAUGAGUCGUUCUUCGUCAGGCAACUCGAGCAGUCGUACAAGUGCUACCACUCCUUCCAGUCGCAAUACUCUGUCUUCGAGCAAUGCUGGUAGCGGAAUAACAGUCACAACACCGACUGCCGCUUCAAACUCUCCCUCUACACCAAGAGCUCCCAGAAAAAAUGCAACUGAUUCUUCUAAGGCUAGUGGAACCACUACUGCAGUUCAAUCUGCUGGAACGGGUACAGGCAGUGCAUCAGGUGAUGGAGGAAACCGUGUGCGCUUGGCUGAUCUACAAAAUUAUCUUGCUGAAAUGAACCCUGCAUCAGGCGCUGGUGCUGGACAAAGACGUAAUAUAGAUCUUUCGGCUGCAGUCAAUUCAGAAUCCCUUUCAUCAGUCAUCACCGUACCGGAACAAGUGGAUGCCCUUAUCGAACAUCUGCCCCAAAUCGAAGGAGACGACAACAAAAAGCAACAAUUGAAAGAAACCUUAUCUUCGCCACAAUUUCACCAGGCUUUGUCCAUGUUCUCCAACGCGCUUCAGUCAGGACAGCUAGGUCCUGUUGUUUCUCAAUUUCAGCUCAAUGCGGAAGCCGUAGCUGCUGCUAACAGUGGAGAUCUGGAGCAGUUUGUCAAAGCACUGGAGAAUGCUCACAAGCAGAAGGAAACGGAGAAGAGCAAAUCCACUUCAACAACGGAGAAAGCCAGCGAAGCCAAGGAAGAGAAUGGCACCCAAACGACUAAAGCCGACAAGAAGGAUGACGAUUUAUUGGAUUAGAGUUUUGUAAUGAACAUCCUAAGGCACGGCUCAUAAUUAUAUCAUUUUACUGAUUUAUUGUUGCUUUGAAAAAAGUCGAAAUUCGUAUCGUAUCGACUGAGUGUAUUGGAAAAAAUUAAAAAAAAACUUAAGUGGUAAAUGAAAGGCAGUGCCAAUAAAUCAAAAUACGCGGAAGAAUAUUGGAGUCUUUGUUUACUAUCGUUCGCGUCUGCACAGCUCAAUUUACCUUAUCGAAUAAUCGUUUCAAUCAUUUCUAGAGGAGCGAGCAAAUAUGGGUGUUUGAUCCUACAACUAAGCGAAAUGGUAUGCUACUUGUAUACCAAGUUCUUUGCAGAAAGAAAAGUCCGAAAUUAUAGGAAACAAAUAGGAAUUUCAAAAAUAUAGAAAAUAAAUGUGUCAACAAUCAAAACUUUU